GAAUCCCAACUCCUCACUCUCUCUCUCUCUCUCUCUGCCUCAACAAUGGCGUCCUCUCGUUCUCUGUCCCAAAUCUCUAAAACGGUGCGUUUCUUCUCCACGAGCAGCGCCCCAAAGCCGUCGCACCACAAUCAUCACAGUAAGAACCACACGUACUUGGAGCCCAACUCCUACAUCGGAAGCUGGGAGGCUCCAAAAAACCCCAAGGAGGCCGAGAAAAGGCUAGCUCAGCUCCGCAGGGACUACGCUAAACAAGUCAAGGAGGUCCGCAAGGAGUACAUUAAGGAGGUCGAGCUCAUGAGGCUCGACAAGCUUCGCAAGGACGAAGCCCACAAGGAGGCCCUCAGGCUCCAAACCGAGGAACGCAAGAGACUUAAAGCUGAGGCUGCAAAGGCUCGAGCUCAGGAGCGCCAGGUCGCCGAGCAGGAGUUCCGCCAAACCCUGUUGAAAGAAAGAGCAGAGAAGCUUGAGAAUUGGAGGAUGAAAGAGAAACUUAGAGAAGAAAAGAAGAAAGAGAAGAAUGAGCUGUUACGCCGAAAGAGUUCCCUAUGGGUUGACCAAUCUGGAUUGGAGAAGAAAAUACUUGAAGCAAUUGUUGACACAACACCCUUAUGAUAUAAUAACAAAUGUACAUGGAAAAAUCUGAGGAUGCCCUUAGAAAGUACUUGAUGGCCACAACGAUUUUUUUAAAUCGAUAUAGCAGCUAGAGAAGAGAUGAAUUACCAUUGCAUGUGUGGAAUGCCAUUUCAGCUUUAAUAUUUUAUAGGUUGAAGUAGAAAAAACUAUAGCUAUUUCCUUUAAUCCGUUGCUAAUAUAAUGCAACCUUUUGUGUUGUUUAAUCUUGUCAAAAUGGUGGCCAUGUUUUGCUUGCCUCUUCCUUGUAAGUGGAUUGGUUCGAAUUUAAGAAAUAAGUGAAAAAAUUUAAGAUCAAAA